AUAAUUGUGAUUAAUGAUUGUAGACUGUAGUUGUUUGUUAUAAUUUGUGGGUCAAGUAUAACAAUGCCUAAAAGAAAAUUAUCUGUCGCUAUAAAGGAAGAAGCACAACAAGUCUCCUGGGUAGGGGGUGCGCCAGAAAAAUAUUUAGAGGAAAAAUAUCUUUUUCCAACACAGCUGAGACUUAAUAUUAAAUUUUCUAUCCACCGUCCAAAAGUCUCAGACUUUCAUAGUAUUGAAGGGUUUUUACAACGACUGUUCUUAAACGCCCCAGUAAAUCUAUCUGAUAUGUCUUCAGUAUUAAUUGAUCAAUCCAACAUUGGCACAGUGAUUAAGCAAGCUUUUGAUCCAGACAGCAUGGAAUAUAUAAAUUAUUGUGAUGAUUUUCGCAACCAAGCAUUUGGAAUAUCUUCAAUUAUCAAUAUUACACAGAAGAGAAAUAAAUGUACAGAAAAUAUACACGAUUUAAUGUUGGACCUGAGUAGAAUACAUGGUGAUAAUGACACAGUGCAAUUUGUAAGCAAACUGUUGAGUGAUGAUAAAAAUCAAGUUGGAUUUUUGAUAAAUGAAAGAUACUUAAACAUACCUCCAUCUAUUUCCGGGCCAUUAUUUCGGAUCAUUUGCGAGGAAUUGUCCAAUAUAAAAACUGAGAACCCAUUAUAUAAUUUUGCUUAUAUUUUUAUGAUGUGCAAACUGUACAAAGUGAUCAAAGAUGAGAAGGGAAACAGAUAUGUUGAAGGCCCGCAAAUAUUAUGGAGAAAUGCAGAAGAUCAGUUCUUUGACGUAGUAGCAGAUUACAAGUUUGAAUAUUGUGUAGAAGAUGGGAAUUUUACUGACUCAGCAGGAAAGUGGGUAGAAUUAAUAAAUUCCAGAAUGAUUCCUUUUAGACGUGUCCUGAUUUUCUCAAUGAACAAAUUCUAUUUGGUAACUAAGAAACUGGAAUCUUUGUUGGCGCCUAAAGUUAUUAAAUAUCACAAUACACACAGGCCUGAUUAGUGAUCAGCUUGUUUAUCUGCACGAAUCAUUUUCUAUUUUUUUAUUUUUAUUUUUAUAUAUUUCAACGCCUGACGGCAAUUAACAGAGAUAAAUACAUAAAUAUUGGUAGGUAUAAGUUAACAUUAGUGUAUAUAAAACACAUUAUAAGUAUAA